AAAAGCGCUCCUCAACGCUCUUGUAUUCAAAACUGAGCCAACCUCGUGUAAGCUCCACGCAAUAUGCAUUUCACAUUUUCAAUAUGUCCGUGUCUCUUAUUAGCUACUGGAACAAUAAGAUCAACCUUCGCUCAUGUCGCACAACCUCCACCAGAGGAUAGAAUAUGCACGGAAACCACCGUGGCAAUUUUGUAAGAUGGUAAGGUUACUGAAUGUCACAGGGGUCUAACAUAGUACAGGGGGGGUGGAAUGGCCGGGAUCACGGCAGCACAAGCCCUGUCAAACGCUUCUAUACACGACUUCAUCAUCUUAGAGUACCGGAGUAAUAUAGGCGGACGUGUAUGGAAUACAGAUUUCGGACAGGAUGAGAAGGGGAAGCCUUAUGUGGUAGAGUUUGGCGCAAACUGGCUGCAUGGUGUGGGAACAGGAAGAACAGAGAACCCUCUCGUUACUCUAGCCCACAAACACAACCUAAAGAACGUAUUGGAUAAUUCCAGCUCCGUUCUGACAUACGACGAAAACGGGUACAACGACUACCAAGACAUACUAGACGCCUUCAGCGAUAUUAAGGACACCGCUUACAAGGAUGCAGGACAAAUGCUACUAGACAAUAUUCAGGAUGGGAAUGCACGCACGGGAUUUGCCAUGGCUGGCUGGAACCCUCGAAGGAAUGACAUGAAGGCACAAGCCGUAGAAUGGUGGAACUGGGUGACAGACUGCGAGUCCGCAGCCAGCCCCGAGGCCAGCUCAUUCAUUUUCGGGGUAGCCGCCGAAAACCUCACAUUCAACCAAUUUGGUGACAACAAUCAUAUGGUCAUUGAUCCCCGAGGAUACAGUACCGUCAUUGAAGGCGAGGCAUCGUCGUUCCUCCACAAAGAGGUCCAAGAUCGCCGACUCUGGCUCAACACUCAAGUUACUGAUAUCACGCAUUCGAAAAAAGGAGUUCAAAUCACCAACAAGGACGGCAGCUGUAUCAGUGCCGCAUAUGCCAUCUGCACGUUUUCUCUGGGCGUCCUACAGAACGACGUCGUACAGUUCCAUCCGUCCUUGCCCAGAUGGAAGCAAACUGCCAUUCAGAAGUUCAGCAUGGGGACCUAUACCAAGAUCUUCCUGCAGUUUGACGAGGCAUUCUGGCCGUCAAACACAUCGCAUUUCCUCUACGCCUCGCCUACCACACGCGGGUUUUACCCGAUAUUCCAAUCUCUAUCUAGCGACGGCUUCUUGCCCGGGUCCAAUAUUCUUUUUGUAACGGUUGUAGGAGAACAGGCAUAUCGUGUAGAAAGACAAUCGGACGAGAAAACGAAAGCGGAAGUCCUCGCUGUCCUCCGGGAGAUGUUCCCAGACAAGCAUGUGCCCGAACCAACCGCGUUUGUAUAUCCCCGUUGGAACAAUGAGCCAUGGGCAUACGGUAGCUAUUCCAACUGGCCGGUCGGAACUACAUUAGAAAUGCACCAGAAUUUGCGCGCGAAUGUAGACCGUCUGUGGUUCGCUGGGGAGGCGACCAGCGCAUCGUACUUUGGAUUCUUGCACGGAGCGUGGUAUGAGGGGCGCGAUACAGGCGAGCAUAUCGCUGCUAUAUUGCAGAAUCGAUGUUCGACAACUUAUGGGGAGGUUACUUGUGGAGACCGCACGCAUUAUGAUGUCUUGCAUGGCACGACACCGAAAGAUGCAUAUACAGGCAUCAAUGGGUGGCCGCUCAACAGCACUAAUCUUUGAAGACUAAGAGCUAUCCACGGGAUAUGGAGUUGAUACAACAUGAGAAGACUAGAAUAGAUCUUGGAAGAGCUAGAGGAGUUUUAUAUGCCAAGGAGAGAUCUGAAAAGGCCCAUGAUGAAUAUCGACACUGGCUUUAGGGCAUGCUCAUAAACUAAAAAGUGGUUUAUAGGCAUUAAGUAAAGAAACCCU